UUUUGUUUUUUGAAAUUCUCAAAUUUUUGUUUUUUCAACAAUUUUUGCUUCUUGAAGAAUUUCAUAGAAUUCGAAAAAGUUAGAAAAAGAACACGAUGAGGCGUUGCAAUUUCCGAUUUUUUAUCCGUCUGUGUUUCCUGAUUUAGACAAUGAAAUGAAAUUAAAACCUCUUGUACUUGGUAGAAAUGAAGUUUCUUAUGAUUCACGAGUGAAAAUUAGUAAUUGGCAAAAUAAAUUUUUACGUGAACCACGUGAUAAUACUGAAUUUUUUCCACCGAAAGGACAUUUACAAAUAUCAACUUAUAAACAAUUGGGAAUUAAUGAAUCACAAAAUUAUUUAACAGAAACGAAAGAAAAAAUUAAAGAAUAUAAAAUUGAAAAUUUUCAAAAAUGUUCUAAAUCAACUCAGCUGCUAAAUAUUCAUUCUUUUCCACUGCAAGACAGUUUGGAUGAAAAAAGAAAAUCGUCAAAUGAUGGGAAAUACUCUUUGAAAAAUAUGCAAAUAGAAGAAUUACCAGAAAGUAUAUUUAGACGAACACUUGGAUAUUCUUUGGAAGAUCUUGAAAAAUUUGAAGGAAUUAGAACUUUUCUUGACGAUGAUUUAGAAAUUAUGCAAAAAAUAUUUAAAUUAAAACGAUACAAUAGAUAAAGUAUUUUGGAAAAAAUAACAUAUAUAAAAAUGAUUAUUAAAAAUUAUUUCAAUCACUGUUGAUUUCUACCAAAACGAAGAUGUCCAUAAUCUUCAAAUUGAUCACGUUUGCCAAAUCUCAUGUGACCGUAAUCGUCAAAUUUUUGCCUCUUAUUUGGAUGUG